CAUGCUAUAGACAUAAGAAAUACUUUGCCAAGGUAACGAGCGUAGAUUUGAACAACACAUUAAUUUGCUGGCGUCAGGCUGGUUCGAUCUUUCAGACCCAGAAUUCCUGUCACGCAAUAUUGUUGUGAGCAAGAUUCAAAGGAGUUUGUUGCAUUUCGGAAGAAUGGCUUCAAAGAGACCAAAAUUUUCGCGCGCUGGCACGAUGCAGCAAACAGCUGAGGAGGGCGUCGAGUUCUUGGAAAGGCAUGGCAUUGAAAGUCCACUAGCAGAGUUUGAACAUGGUAUUCAAGUUAAUGAUCAUAAAAAGCAAGCGGACCUGGGUAAUGACACUGAAACUACUCCGACACGGCUCAAGAGACAAUCAACAAUGGCUGAGACAGCUAAGGAAGGAGCAGAAUUUCUCCAGAGAGAAGGAUACACUUCAGACUCUCCCGAUGGGUCCCUGUCCAGUCCAUUAGAAGAAGAGCAUGAGACCCCAAAGGUGAAACGCGCCUCGACUAUGGAAGUCACGGCAAAGGAAGGUGCUGAAUUCUUAUCAAGAAUGGAAGACGAAAAGAAGAAGACCGUUAGGUUUAAAAGCCAUGUUCCCAAGCUUCAGCGUGACUCCACUAUUGACCUCACCGCUAAGGAAGGUGAGGAGUUUUUAAAACGGACAGGGGGAAUAAAAGAAAAUGAGCCAGAAGAAGAUUCAGUAGACACACCAUCUCGUCCCAAGCUACAACGAGACUCAACAAUCGAUGUAACAGUUAAGGAAGGAGAGGAAUUCAUACGACGAUCCGGGGCCAUGUUAGAGGAAAAAGGUGACGACAUAUCCAGCGGUAAACACGAUGAGGAUGACGACGAUACGGGAGUCCGGGAUGACGAAAAUGAUAAUGGGGGCGUUCCUUCACUUGUGCGUGACUCGACCAUGAAAGAGACAGCCAAGAUCGGCGAACAAUUUGUGGGCGAAGAGGGACGCGCUGAAUCACGGUCCCAAACAGCAGUUCUUCGUGAAGCCGAGCGAGAGUCUGGGACGACCAAACCUCCCCUGAAGAGAGCUGGGACUAUGGAUGUCACGAAAGCGGAAGGUGAAGAAUUUUUGAAACGCAAGAGGACAUAAGGUGAUCUUACUGUGCCCAAUUACAAAUAUUAAAUCACUUUCCAAGAUAUCACCUAGGCAAAACAGGACAUUCAAACAGAAGGUUUCUGUAAUCCUCAUUAACUGAUUAAACGACGAAUUGAGGUUA